GUCUACUAAAUUCAUUGUUGAAAUGUGUGCGAAAACAACAUGUUGUUCUCAAGUCGUCUGGUAUGAACACGACUGAAAUGAACGAAAAUUACGAAAACAUUGUUAGUAUUGUUGAAGAUAACCGCGAGGUAGCCUGGGCCGACCAGACUAUGACGUCAACUGAUAAGGAAGUUGAACCUCUUGAUGUCAUAAAGAAUGCUGAGAAUAAUUUAUCAGCAACGAAGACCACCAUAGGUAAUCAUGCUCUUUGUUAUCGAUUGGUCAUGACAAAUUUCGUAUUUGUUUAAAUGACUGGGUAGGCUGGCUGGCCACGCAAAGCACGAUGAAAACACGACUUUAGGAGUACUUCAAAGGAAAUUCCUUUUGAAAAAAUGUCCUAUCCGACGUUUUCUCUAUGGGGGAGGAGAAAUCAAAACUCAAAAAACCAAAUAUUUAUCAGAUUUAUACAAAGUAAAUUUUCAGACCUAACUAACUGCAGGAAAUGAACCUGCGAUUCUGGUGCAGUGCUCUAACCAACUGAGCUACUACAGAGUACAGUUGUCGAGGUUUAAUCGCAAGUUUAUGUGAUUAUAUUAAGGUGCUGCCAAUGUGAGGUAUAUGGGUAAAUAUGAGGAUUGUGGACACUCACUCGAUAAAGCGUGUUGAACUUUGAAAUGAUUUUGUAAAUGGAAAUUUCGACUGUAAAUUUAUACAUUUUAGACAUGACCAGGAGCAGAUGCGGAAAAUGCGAGCAUAACCAUAGGCCCUCUGACAGGAAUCUGCAAGUCCGGUGCAGUGCUCUAACCAACUGAGCUACAGAUUCCUUUUCAGUUGUAUUUUUCGCAGCUGCUCCUCGUAAGGUGUAAAAAUGUAUAAAAUGUACACUUGAAAUGUAGUUCUAUCAAGUGAGAUUCCCAAACUCUUGACAGGUAUGCAACGAAUAAAGUUCUUAAAAAAGUGCAUUAUACAGAGCGUUCGCUUUCAAAUUUUAAUUUCUCUUACAGCGACGCCGAGUAGAACUCCAUUGAGGCCCAAAAUUACCAGCUAUGACAUUAAUUUGACACCAAGAAGAGUCAGCACUAAGUCUCCGACAUUGACACUGAGUUCAGCAUUACCAGCUCCAGUAGAGAGCAAAAUCUCGCCUGCCAAAAUUGCUCCUGAAACUUACAAUAUUGGCCCAGAUCGAGCUGUUAAACACGCUAAGUCACCCUGUUCUGUCAGACAGAAUCUACUGAAUGCAUUGACUCAAGAUGCACUAUCAAAUACGGUUUCUAGUGAUAUUACGUCGACGAAUUUUGAAUUUAAAGUUCCUUCAGCAACACCCUCUUAUGGAUUGACAAGUGCGAGCCAUAAACCGACAGUGGAAACUACAUCCAACGUACAAAAUGAUUCUUCGUUUGUGGUAAGAUUAUUUUAAUAUAAUAUAAUGUUAGGCCCGGUUUAGACGGCGAACUUUUCAUGCGCCGAAUCUAAUGCAAGGAUUAAGUGCGACGUUGGAGCGGCGUCUAUUAAAUCAAUUAAGUUCGGCAGGUUUUGAUUAAGUUCGACACGACUCGAAGAUGCGACAGGACAAGUCGUAUAUGCGACACAGGUUCGACAUUGAUUUAGACGCCGUGCUUUUCAUGCGCCGAACCUAAUGCAUAAUUAUUUUUUAACAUCAUAAUAUGAUUAUCAUAUAUUUGCAUUGUAAAUAUUUCCAAUAUAAUGUCUUCGCAAUUUGGUACGGUGCAAUUAAGUUCGACGUCUAAAUCAGUUUCCGAUAUUUUGCCGUAUCUACGACAAUUAGAUUCGGCGCAUGAGAAGUUCGCCAUCUAAACCGGGCCUUAAAUACAGUAUAAGACAUAGACUAAAUUUAGUUCAUAACGAUUAAAAAGAUUACACUGUACAUCGCAGUGACUACUUGUCUUGUGAUUGGCCAAUAGCUUACAGCUACUGUGAAUAUGGAAAUCACGCAACUUACAAAUAACACAGUUACAGUAUUUCCCAGCAGAUAACUAAGUUAUGUAUAAGUUGAGCCCGCGGUAUAUAUUAAUUAAAUAGCAAGCGGCAGUUUUAAAUACACGAAUAAAAACAUGAGAAAACAACAUGAACGAACGGUAUUUUCGUGGAAAUUUCUGUGGAAAAAGCAGACAUUUUCGACAUUUUUAUCGGAACUCACAGUGUAAGAGGUAAAUGAGAUUUCUAAUAAUUUUAUGCUGUUAUUGCGAUAUUUUAAAUCGUUUAAACUGCGUUUUUUGAAAACCAAACGUUGCUUUGUGCGACAAAUCAUUGUUUGUCCAAAGAGUUAAAUAAAAUGCUGAAUGUAUAAUAAAACAGCUAUUGAAUUCAACCUUUGUGAUAUCCAGAAUUAUCAAGAUCUCGAAAAGUGUUAUCUGUCUGGGCUUCGACUUUGAUCAUUAACAAUUAUUCGCCGAAGGCAAGGUGAUUAUUGGGGAAUAUUCACCGAGACGAAGUCGAGAUGAAUAUUUAACAAUUAUUCGCCGAAGGCGAAGUGAUGACCGGUGAAUAUUCACUGAGACGAAGUCGAUGUGAAUAUUCACUGUAAUCACUGAGCCUGAGGCGAAUAAUUGUUUUAGUAUAAAUUUUUAAUGAUUAAAACAAAAUAUCCAAAUAAUAAUUCAACUAAAAUUCAGAAAUAAAACUGUUUUCGGCCUGUUCCCUAAUAGUGUUGCAGUGUUUCUUGUACGCACACGCUUUCAAAAUAGAUUCUUGUGUGACUUUAUUGCUUUAUUACAAAGUUGUUUUUCUCGAUUUCUGCUUAGAAUAUAAACACAAUAACGGAAGGACUUUUUCACCAGACUUAAAAAAUAGUCUUUUUAGCAUUAAUAUUUUCAGGAAAUGGCUGAGAAAUUUGUAAAAUGAAAUGUAAAACUAUAUCGUUCGAAAUAAAGUUUUAAUAACACUUUUCACUUUACAAGUUUCGAAAACACAAUACAGCGGUCAGAACAUCAUACAGCACAAUGAAAACAUGACAUAUCAAAAGAAAUAGUAUCGUACAAAUUGAGAAAUCUAUAGGAUACAAAACAAAAUGAAUUUAAAAGAAUAUGACAGCAAGGUUUUUCCCAACAGUCGGGAUAGUUUCUGCUAUUUUAUUAUUUGUUUGAAGUGAAUGUUUCGGAGUUUUAAAUAAGUUUUAAAUUGUACAUGAAUAUGUUUGGCACAGUAAAAUAAAGAAAUCCUACCUUUCAAGUUAAACACAACAAUUUGUGCUUUUUUCGUUUUCUGGGGACGAUUUUUUACCAAUAUUUCGUCGAUUUUGAAACCAAGUUUGCCGAAUCAUUCUUUUUGAAAAGCAUUAUUUACUAUUCAGGUGGUAAAUAAUGCGUCAACUAGCCAAUCAGAACGUGUGAAAGCUCAUUUGAUAUGCAAAACUUAUACUAAUCCCCGAUAAUCACCUUGCCUUCGGCGGAUAAUUGUUUUAGUACUUUUACACAAGUCUUUUUUGGGACUGAAUUUAUUUUAAUUUCGCUUAUUUAUUUAUAAGUAACUUCCUGACAAAACGGCUAGCCGUUAUUUUGCAAAUUUUGGUUUUGUUAUAUUUACAUGUUGGUGAAUAUAACAGCUUAACACGUCGAAUUUGACCAAUCAACUUGUAGGAUUUGCUAUAUUCACUUGUGCAAAAAUACUAAUUCUGGAUAUCACAAAAACCUCAUCCAUGACUGGUUAUAAAUAGUUUUUUGUCACUGUUCAAACAGGUUAGGUGUAAAAGCAACUAUAUACAUAUAAAGACAACAUACUUUAAUUAAUAAUUCAAGACCUAAAUUUAUGCUCUGUAAAAGUCUAUAACUAUAGUGCAUGUUAUCAGUGUUGCAACAAGUUACCCCAAGCAUGGCACGAGUCGAGUCAUUUCAGGGUCUGGUCAAGCUAGUCGAGUAGAAUCGAGUCAAUGUCUCCAGUCGAUUAAAUACCUGAACUCACAGGGAACAUGAUCAAGCCCACACUUUAUGUAAUCAAUUGGUUUGCUCUCUUGCUGUGGAAUCUGUGGAAUUAGUAAUUAAUCAAAGUCAUCUUAAUCAUUUGAGAUCAAUAUCUACUAGGCAACUAUGGGUUGUACCAAUGUGACAGUUCUACUUAAUAUUAAUUACAACCACGUAAGAUAAUGAGAUAUUUUAUCAUAUCUGCCGUACUGUCAAAUGUAUACAACUAUAGCAUAACUCGCAGCUGGAUUCAGAAAUCAAAUUAUCAACAUCCUGAACAAGUUGUAGGUGACUUUACUAGGAGUCGUUUACCACAGAAAUCAAUAGUCGAGUCCGAGUCGAAUUAAUUUGGGGCUGUUUACUCGAGUAGAGCUGUUUUGGCGUUGAGUCAAUUUGAGUUGCUGAAAAUAGCGAAUUGAGUCCGAGUCAAUGAACUCGACUUUAUACAACACUGUAGUGAAAAUAUUAAAAUUGGUGGAGAUGUAAAUGUCUGAAAAAUACAAGGAGAAAUUCGACGUUUCGAACGAUGGCCGUUAUAGUAGAGUCGAGAAGUUAGUAGAGUAGUACAACCAAUCGAAGUUUUGUUGUUAUUGGCAUCGUCAGAUUCUCCCAGGAAACCCAAUUGCCCUCGACAGUCGGACAAGUGUUAAUACCACUAAUGACUUUCUUCAUUGUUCUUGGCUGUAUUUAGGCACCCAAAUCAACAGUUGCCAAACGUUUUCAAUUAAAACCACCGACGCUUAUAAAUAAAAAUGUUGGUCCACCACUUCGUGUUCAAAACAAUAACUCAUUUGCUGGCAAUCUGGAUACCGGAAAUUCAAAAACGAAGGCAAAUUCAACGUCUGGUAAGCAUUAAUUUUUGUAUUUUAUCUACGUUUUAUGUAUUGUAUCAUGUUGUAUACGAUUGGAUUUGCCCCCGUUGACUGUUCGUGAAUUUGUUACGAAUGAAGGCAUUACUAGAUAUCAUGGACUAUCCCACGCAACCGCAUGAUCAAAACAAAAAUUGACCAGGCUUUGUUUUUUUUUUAAAUGCUAUUUCUGAAAGUUUUAUAAUAAAAAAAGGGUUGAAUAAUCCUUCGGUUUGAGUGCCAAAUCAAUUGCGAGUUCAUACAACAAUUUUACAUACACUAUAUGAUACGAAUAUCACUUGGCCAAAAACUAACUAUACGAAGCACUGUUUUUUAAUUUUUUUUAAAAACAUGCACUGUCAACUGUAAAACAUUUGCUAAAUUGUACUAAAAAUUUUAAUAAACGUUUAAAAAGUCGUUUAGAAACACUUUCGUGUUUCUACAAGAUUAAAGUGAUUAAACAGACUGAAAAUAUCACAGUUUCGUAGUAAAACUCCUUGUUCAUUUUUAGCAAAAGGGCAAAACUAAACACAAAAAACUCGUCCACCUGUUAGUGAACGGCAGAAUUCAAUUAGCUUCAACCUUAGAGGUUUUGUGUUUUCGUCGAUUUGAUCCUUCACAAUAUUCCUUGGCUGUCACAUGGCACUCAAAUAAAUCGAAAAAUUGGCAAAAUCAAAACGGUAAAAAACAACAUUGCCACUCGAUUUUGCUAGAUGAAAGCUCGUUCUGCGUCCGCGUACACUCUUUCACCAGUCAGCGGGAAAUUUCGCGAGUUACACGAGUGUUUUUUACAACUUGAAUUGCAUUUCACUAAUUAUUUUCAUCGGUAACCUAUCUUCAAAUUUUGACCACAAAUUUUAAUUUUAGUAAAUUUUGUAUAUUUCAAAUUUAAGAAAAUCUUUACAGUGCAAAUCUUGUAAUAAAAUUUUCGCUUUUAAAAAACUCGCACAUGCUCUAUUAAUAUAUAUGAAAUAAAAAAGAUAGGUCACCGACUUCAUGUUUCAGAUGAAGUUAAUUUUGUGGCUAAACCUUUGCCGUGUUGCCAUAACAACAGUGACAUUGCCAAUAUUUUAUGCACUGAUGUUAGAUAUUGCCUCCAAGUAGUAAAUAAUGCACAAUCUGCAUUAAUAGGGCAGAGAAGUCGACAAAUAGGGACAACUGUAGGGUGCCACCUUACGAUGUUUGUUUACCUGGGUUUACGGCUUAGAAUAUUCUGCAAAAUAUUUCAAUAAAUAGGGAAGAAUAACAAAAUUGUUAUUUGUGAUUGUCUUAUGUGAGUUAUGGUGUUGUCGUGUGAAGCAAUAUGUCUUUAACUGAUAAGGCAUACAAUAUAAAUCCUACAGUAAUCAUGGUAGUUAGUCUUACAGGAUUAGAGUCAAAUUUCCUACUGCAGACAAUAUGAAUAUUUCUUAUGGAACUGUUCCGCUGUAAUUUAGGUAUCGACUUUACUUGGUAGAUCAAUUAGGUGUUCAAUCAUUUCAAUAAUGAUAUAUAUUUAAUAUUUUAUAUAUUCAAUCAGUCUAAUUUUCCCAUUUGAUUUAGCCAUCAAACUUAAAAAGUGUGUUGUGAAAAUUUCUGCAAAAAUGUGAAUCUUAAAAUAUUUGUGGAAACUAGUAGGUUCCCAGGUUUCUAUACUUUUUCCACAUGUGGGGGCAGUAUUACUGACCUGAAGAUAUUUACCAGAUGGUCUUUCCGCCUGACUACCUGCCACGCGGGCUAAGGAAGGAUGGACUAUCAUAAGUAAAGCCAACGUUUGUUAUCAUUCUUGAAAUAGGAAAUGAAAAUGGUAAAAGAAUUCCUGGUUAUGCUUCAUUAACAAAAUCUGCUGCUCAGAAGAUCACUGGAAAAGAUAUGUUACCUAAGAGGUUGGUGUUAUAUAUACGAGGCAGUGUUUGUUUUACAGCCAGAAUUAAGUGGUGACUAAGAAUGCAUGGGUCUCGGAUCCAUCCACAAUAGACAAAUUUGGGUGACGUUGUUUUCAUCGUUGUUAUCCAAUUCACAACUUUAGAUAACUUACAUGCCUAGUUACUAUUGUUCUAGUUUACAGAAACAUGGAAUAGAGCAAAGGUAACUAAGCAUUAAAGAUUUAUUCACUCAUGUGGAGAAUUCUAAAUUCUUAGUUAUACCUUUGUGAAUUGGGUAUAAAAGUUAUCCAAAAAUUUGUCUGUCCUGGUUCCUCAGUGUUCCGAUUCCAUUUAGUACCUUGUUACUAUGUUAUUGUUAUCGUAUCAAACUUGUCUGUCCACUGGUGAACAUGAAUAAAACCAGACACAAUACUAUAUUGCGGUGCCGUGGAUGCGAAAAACAAGUGCACGACAAACGCGAAGGCAUAUUAUUUUGAAUAAAUAUCAAGACUUAAGACUUCGAACAAAGUAGCAGACGAACAAACUCACGCAAGGAAUAUAAAGCAAUACCGAACUUCGUUUAGGCAUCGCAAUCUCUGAAUCCAGGCUUUCUUGCGAUCCUACUUUUCCUACUUUUUCCUACUUUUCUUCAACUUUCCUACUUUUCCUAUUUUUUAUUAAAAAUUGCUUGAUUUUCCUACUUUUUCUCAUAAAAUCCUACAUUUUUAAGACCACUUGGGGGAAUCAGUAUGUUAUAGCUCUCGUAAUUAGAUCUAUAGGACUAAUUUUUAUUUCCUAUUUGUGACCCAGAUGAUAAGAUCUCAGGAGGAGAAGAAGUACAUUUUCCGAGUAUAAAAUUUCAUAGCAUCUCUAGAAUCAUAAUCAAUAAAUUAAUGAAGAUUCUGAAAGUGUCAUUUCCGAAGAUCUAGAUAUUCCAAAUAUUCAACUCCCCUCCCUCACAAUCAAAGCAUCAUAUAUACAGGGCCGUAGCAACCGGGGCAAUAAUUUGCUAAUAAUCAUUUUUUUCAAAAUCAUGCAGACCUUUAUCAUUUAAUCCAUGACAAACUGCAAAGAAUGAAGAUAUUAUCCAUACUUUCCUGCAACUUAUCCAAUAUAUAGUUAAUUAAAUACGCCUUCGCCCAUUCAGUACUACUAAAUUGUAAAUUUCGACAUACUAAGACGCUGUUUUCUGACCAUUAGAAUUCUGUCAAAUCUUCCCCAAAGUCCAGGAAAUGACAUUUCAGAGACUCUAAAUUUAAAAAUUUCCUCGGGCCUUCGGCCCUUGCUUUCAGCCCCCCUCUCCAAUCGAAAAGAGCUUCCUACGGCUCUGAUAUAUGUUCCUGCCGCAGUAUGGAUUGGUGCAUUGUGUAGCCCAAUACAUGCAUUUGAAUUGUGUUGCUGCAGAGCAGAUGCCUUAGCUUUUAUACCGAUGCUAUUUAAAAGUUUUGAGAGAAAAAAUCCUGCAUAGAUAAAUGAGUACAUAAAAAUAUGGAGCACCAAAAAUUGACACAACUUUGUAUAUUUUUGUGUUAUUUAUAUCUCCAAAAACUCCCACUUUUGUCCUACUUUUCUGCACAUUUUCCUACUUUAUUCCUACUUUUCCUAAAAUUCUAGUCCUACUUUUGUCCUAAUUUUCUACACAAGGAUGCCAGAAAGCCUGUGAUCAGAAACAAACGCUUUCUCAGAAACAUUCAUGACUUUUGAUGAUUUUUAUAUUUUCAUUGUUUCAAUUUCAGUUGUUAGAGAUUCCCUACUAAAGUAAUUUCAUGAAACCAAAUUUUGCCCCACUUUUAUUGCAUCAUUUUCAAGUUAUCACUCCCAAAUAUUCUCGAUAUCGUAUUUCAAGUUAUUGCGUCAUUGAUGUGCAUAUUCCCAGUACAGUCUCCGGGAUAAAUAGGUGAAUAGCAUCAAUGGACAAAAGUGCACAUUCAAAUAAAUUAUAAUCAUCUAUAUAGGGGAAACUCUAAUCCUAAUCUAAUCUUAAUCUGACCAUAAUCUAAUCUUAAUCUGACACUAAUCUAAACUUGAUGACCUUUUUUCAUUAAACUUGAACUUUUGCCAUUACUACUGUAAGUGCACUUGAGCAAACAUUUUGCAAACUGUUCCGCUGUAAUUUAGGUGUCAAGUUAGAAGAUUAAUUAGGUAUUCAUUAUUCAAUCAUUCCAAUAAUAAGGUAUUUAAUAAUUUAGAUAUUCAAUCAGUCUAUUUUUCAGAAUUAGCAGGCCUUAAAAUAUCGGUCGGUCACGGACAUUGUCCGACCCAUUCAUCAAAUUGUCCGACGUAGGGAGGAAACCACCGGACAUUCUGUCCGACCUAAGUGAGACUGAAGUUUAUUGUUUGUCCGAUCUGAGUGAAUUGGUGUUCGACCCAGAACCGAUAAUGUUGCGGGGUGACGAGUGGAAUGGUGAGGUGGAAACGGGCUUUUACAACUUCGGUAACUUAAAAGUCGUACUGCUAUCAUUGGCAAGCAAGUUAAUUUUGGCUUGGAAAUAAGUAUGAAUGACACAAAUUAUUUAAUAUCUUUACAACAUUUAGUUCAGAAUGAAUACAUUAUGCUGAUAUGAAUUUGCGUCAUUCAGACUUAUUUCCGAGACAAACUGAACUGAAGGUCAUCGGACAUAUGUCCGACCCAAACUCAAAGUCAUCGGACAUUUUGUUAGACGGCCCUGUAAAAGAUAUUUUAAGGCCUGGAAUUAGCGAUCAAACAUAAAAAAAUGUCUAUAAAAGUUUCUGCAAAAAUGUAGAUCCUAAAAAAUUCUGGGUCAUCAUCUAUACCUAUACUAUCCAGGCUCGUGAUUGGUUGAUUAUAACAAUGAAAGACAAUAGAACUAUAGAAAUCAUCUUUCUAAAGAACGAGUCACAAACAAUGAUAAUUUUUGUUUCUGAAAGCCAAUCACAAAACAUGAUCAUUUUAGGUAGGUCUUUAUCCGAAAUCCUGGGAACUAGCUUUUCAGGUUCAGAUACUUUUCCAUUUCUGUAUAACUGCCAUUCUUAUUAAGUGCCUCAAUAAAAAUCAUGGCAAAACUGUGUUUCGUAAACAAUUAAAAGUGCCUGCCAUUUAUUGAGGACAUUCAAUAUUAAACUCAGCUUAAUGGAACAAAACAAACUCAAAAAAAAACAUUGUGAUAUGCAAGACAAUGGGGGACAAUUCCCCUUCCUGGUAAUUAACGUCUGUUAAAUGAUAGCUGAAUAAUUCUAUAACAAAGCUGUAUACAGAUUGGUACUGGUGUAAUUCUCUAAUGUUUAUUUUCGGAUUUUGUUUUGUCACAUAUCUCUACAAGUAUAUAACUUUUCAUUCUUCUUUCCAAAGGUGUCACUCCAAGGAAAAUACACUCCCUCAACCGAAGCGACGUCGUCUCCCGCGAUCAGUAUCGUCCAGCAGUCUUAUAUCAGAUGAACAGUCAAAAAAACGACAUAAAAACCACGUGACCGGACUCAAACGUGCCGUCAGUGUAAUGCAUAUGAGAAAAUAGGAAGGUUAACAUAAAUAUUGUAUAUAAUAGUGCAGCAUUAAAUUUAGUGUGAAUUCUCCUAAUAUAGAAAUAUACGAAAUGUAGCUAGAAAAAAGUCAUUAAGAUUUUGUCUUGAAUCGCUAUUUUUGUGCCUUGUCAUAUUCGACAGAAUUAU